AUGGGAGAAAAAUCUCCUGCGUCCGGCCCCGUGUCUCUCUCCCAUCCAGCGCACUGCCUUACAGCAGAGGCAGCAACCCGGGAACUAGCCACCAAUGCCGACGAUGGCCUUACCGCGCAUGAAGCUAAGGCUCGCCUGGAGAAAUAUGGACAGAACAAGCUCGAUGACGGAGAAGGCGUCUCGGUCAUCAAGAUCCUUAUCCGUCAAAUUGCAAACGCCAUGAUGCUAGUUAAGCGGCCCAUUUCAUUCUGA